CUACACCAUACCCGGUAAACGCAAGGACAGAUUCCGUCUCGGUUUAGGCCUCUACAAGUUCCCGCUUAGAAAUAGGUAGUACUUAGUAUAAGAUGAUGACCUUCCUGCUUCCGCGUCGCUGGGGCGUGGAUGUUGUUCGCCUGCGUAGGACAUUAAUGCUGUAUCCGUCUUCUCAACGACCUUUUUCGUCUAGUUAGAUACCCACCUAACCUAGGUAUAUACAACUAACUACCUAAUAUAUAAACAUUACGAUACUAUUAGCGACAAUGAAGACCGCAGCAGCGUUUGCACUCCUCGUAGCCAGCGCCCAGGCCGCUCCGCAUUACACGUUCCCGAAGCUCGCGGGCACCGCGGAAUGGAGCUCCGUUCGGCAGACGGCGAACUUCCAGUCGAACGGGCCUGUGACCGACGUCAGCUCGGACGCUAUUCGCUGCUACCAGCGGGCCGCCGGCGGCGCCCCUGAUACCACGCAGGUCAAGGCCGGCGGCCAGAUCACUUGGGUUGCGAACCCGAGUAUCUACCACCCUGGAGCCCUUUCGGCAUACAUGGCCAAGGUCCCGUCCGGCAAGACCGCCGCCGACUUUGACGGCAGCGGAAACGUGUGGUUCAAGGUGUACCAGGACAUGCCCACGAUAUCGGGCGGACAAUACACCUGGCCAUCAAACGGCAAAGGCGAGCUCAGCUUCACGAUCCCGCAGUGCCUCGCAGAGGGCGACUACCUGUUCCGGAUCGAGCACGUAGCGCUGCACUCGGCGUCCACGGCGGGCGGCGCGCAGUUCUACAUCUCGUGCGCGCAGGUGCACGUCAGCGGGGGCUCGGGGGCCGCGCAGCCGGGAGGGCUGGUUUCGUUCCCCGGCGCGUACAAGGCGACGGACCCGGGCAUCAUGGUCAAUAUCUAUAAUAACGGCGGCAAGGAGUACCAGCCUGCGGGGCCGAAGGUGUUUACUUGUUAGAUUGGGGUAGGAUAGGGGGGAGCUGAGUAUGGGUCUUGGGUGCGGAGGAUGAGAGAUAGAGAUAGAUGGGAUGAUGUCUGUGUGUAUACCGACUUGAAGUCUAUCGUUACUUGGUUGGCGUGGAUAUCUAAUUGUGUAUUGAAGCUUCGCUCUCGCUCUACUUGGUAUCCGUGACUCUUGGAUAGUAAUAGUUAUAGCUUGCUUUGCUGUAUUUCUCAGUGUAUAACUACCUACAGAGACAAUAUAUUUUAUGUAGUUAUCG